AUUGUUCCCAUGUCAGUCUAAAUGACUCAUUUCCAAUCCUUUCUUGACCAACUGAAAGCCUGGGUGAUGCGUGUACUGUAAUGCACACUUCCAUACAGCACAAAUAGAUGCUAAUGCAUUGUUGGUAUUUCACAUUAGCGUCUUCUGCAAGGCACUCAGCCUGAGUGGUCUUGUGAGGAAGUGAGCACGUCCUCAUUCUGCUGUGCUGCUGAUGCUGACAGUCUCUCUCUCUCCCUCUCUCGGAAACAAUGGUAAGUUCUUUUCGGACACUUUAGCCUGAAUAAGGCGUUGUUCUGCGUGAUUUGUUGCUUGCGUGUUUUCCUUGUUUGCAAGUUUUGUCCCAAUAUGUGAUUUCAUCAUGGGUCGUAAUUCGGCGACCGUGUUUUGACUACCGAAAACCAAGAUACUCAAAUGAUACUCGGAGUUUACUCAAAGAUGACACAAAUUCCAAAGAAGAACACUGAAAAAAAUCAUUCCAAAAACAGCGGGACACAGGAAUCACUUUUUCCACACAGGGGCCAUGUAGGUUUGGAAUUUUUCCUCCCUUAAUAAUAAAAAGUUUCAUUUAAAAACUGCAUUUCGUGUUCAGUUGUGUUGUCAUUGACGAAUAUUUACAUUUGUUAGAUGAUCUGAAACAUUUAAGUGUGACAAACAUGCAAAACAAUAAGAAAUCACGACGGGGGCAAACACUUUUUCAUGCAACCACUAUGCGAUUUGUAACGGUAUGUUACUUUUUAAAUACAAUAAUGGCCCAUAUUUCCAAAAUCGAUUUUUUUAAGUGUUUUUUUUUUUUUAUCAUUGCACCCGAAAGGUUCCCGGGGCCCGGUUCGGCCCCACCCACGGACCGGUACCGGUCGGGAGCCCUGCUUUAAAUGAAAACAUGUCAUUCCUUGCUGGAUUGAUGGGCUUCCACGUGUUUACUUUUGCAUGUGAUGCGGGCUUUGCCGUAAGACGGCGGCCACGCUUCCGAAUUCAUUCCAGUCAGCAGAAACAGGGUGGUGAUCGGCAGAACAGGAUUCACAGGAUUUUUGCAGCUCCGUGCAAGUCAAGUGGGACCGUACAGGAAGAGGGGAAAGGGUGUGAAUGUGUAACAUAAGAAGAGAUGAGCUUCCCUUUGCCUCUUAGCUGUUGGACAAUGAGCAAAAAGGAGUAAUGAGUGGCUUGGGGCAGCAGAGGAACCGAGGGAGGAGUCUGAAGGGAGUGCACCAGCCAAAGGGAGGGGCACGGCUGUUUUUGUCUUGAGCUGGAAGACGGUCCACAGCUGGCUCCAGCUUUUUCAUUCUGCUGUCUUUUCUUUUCCGGGUUAUCCCCGCUGGCACAAUGGAUAAAUUCCAGACCGUCCUGCGCUUCCUCAUGAACCAGAAGGCCACCAUUGGCUACAGUUUUAUGGCGCUCCUCACGAUAGGCGGGGAGAGAGUCUUCUCCAUGGUGUCCUUUCAGUGCCCCUGCAACCAUGACCAGAACUUUGCCUAUGGGCUCACAUUCCUGCUGGGCCCCGCUGCUGUGCUGCUGGUCUUGGGUCUGUUCUUUAACAACAGGUUGUGGAGGCUUUACACGGGAUGCUGCCUCAAUCCCAUGAAGCUAUGCCCCCGCGGGAACUGCUUUGGCUGCUUCCAAGUGUUGAUGAGCAUCUUCACCGGGGCGUGCGUGGCGCCGUUGAUGUGGCUCUCCGUGGCUCUGCUCAACGGGACCUUUUACGAGUGUGCCGUCAGCGGUCUGGAUGAAAACGUGGUGGUGGAUCUGUUUUGUAAAAACAAAACCAUGACGUGUCGGGAGGAGCUGGCCCACGUGCCCUGCGGCAGGUCCAAGUUAUCCGCUGACGAGCGCAUGGAUCUGCUGCUGAUGUUCAGAGCUCAGUCUCAGAUCCUGGGCUGGUGCAUCAUCAUUAUCGCCACAACCACCGGGCUCCUUGGCACCUGCUACACUAACUGCCGCUCCAAAGUCAGCUUCUUGCAGCUCACCUUCUGGAAGCGCUACAUGGAGAAGGAGAAAGAGCACUUUGACGCUUACACACUCGAGUAUGCCUCCAAACUGGCGGAAAGAAAUCUACACAGCUUCUUUGACAACAAGGAUCCUGAUCCGUUCCCUUUCCCCAACCACAAGGCUUGGGAGGAGAUCUCCGCGCUCUAUACCUUCUCCAGGAGCGAGCAGUAUUACAGCACGCUGCAGAGGUACGUGGAGAGGACAGACAGGGACUUUACGCCAGAGAAGAGACCUGUUAUGGACUUGGAGCGUGGAAUGGAGAUGAGCUAGAGCGGAAGAAGACAGCAGACUGGUGAAACUGUUCCAGGAAUAAAGAAGAAAGACUAAGGAAGGGCACAACCACGAGAUGAUCCAUCUGUCAUUAACUGCAUUUUAAUCCCGUUCAAUCCAUCACAAGGAUACGGCUAUUGAUUGAUACUAACCGUCAUCAGUUCUACUAACCCUAAUGCAGGGGUGUCCAAAGUGCGGCCUGGGGGCCUUUUGCAGCCUGCAGCUGUUUUUUUGUUUUGUUUUUUACAUUCUAAAAAUAUCAAGAAAACUAAAAAAUAAAAAAAAAAGAAACCAACAACAAAAAUGGAAAAAUCAGAAGUAAUGUUACAAGAAUAAACAUUGGAAUGGAAUGGUAAAUAUAAAGAGGAAAUAUUGGUAAUUUUACAGAAUAUUAUGAGUAAAAAAAUAACGUUAUUUUAGUCACAGAAAGGUGAAGGUGGGAAAAAAGUUAUAAUAUUAAGAGAAUAAAGACAGAAUUUACAAGUAAAAAAUUGAUGUUUUUCACCAUGUGGCCCUCGUUGGAAAAAGUUCGGACACCCCUCCUGUGACACAUAUAUGUUCAUGCAAUGGCAAAAAAAAGUGUGCAACAAGCAUAUGUAAAGUGGCAUGAGAAAGGUUUGGUGGUAGUACUUAAGGUACUUAAGCAUCCAUUGGUGGAUUUGUGUGAGCAGAAGCAGGGUAAAGUGCUGUGUGUGCCAGGAAAAAUACACUACUGAAGUUUUGACGGGGCUUUCUUUAAUAUUAAAGAAGUUAUUAGAAAGAGGCCAAGGCUGUGUCUCAAAGCAAAUACUUCAGUCAGUACACUUUAAAACGUAUACUGUGCACAAAUUAUGACAGUGUAGUACUUCCCCCAUAUCAAUUUGUUGCAUCAUUUACCCGCUUCUUCUUCUGUUCACUCCUUUUCCACCGCUAUCGGCUGCUCCUCGGCCGCAUAGACAUCGAUAGACGCCACAUCUAGUGGGUUUGUCCACUGCGGUGAUACGACAACGUCGCGCGCCAUACUGGAUGUGUCAAGGCUGCGCUGGAAAUGAAUUCAAGUUAAUGUACUUACUUUCAUAAAGCGCCUUUUGACAAAAAAUGUAAGUUAGUGCCUCUCAUUUAUACAUUCACACAGGCACUAAUAAACUUAGGAAACAGUUAGGCACCACAAACAAUCACAGUCACAUUGUACGGCGUACAUUGGCGGCGUCGUCAACGUACAGCCGCGCCCAACGACGCGAACUGGCUCCUGUUGUUCAUUUCAAAGAGCCGGCUCUUUGAGCCGAUUCGUUCGCGAUCGACACAUCACCACAGAAGACGACGUGUACUGCAGUACGCAAGUGCGCAAAUUGAGACACAGCAAAAUGUCAAUAUAUUUAAGUGCUUAUUUCUAACAAAACUCACCUGUCUUAUGUAACAUGCAUCGAAAUAACCAUCCUCUCCUCUGAUGGUAUUAUUUUUCACAAAACAUGUACAAGAACCAGGCAAGAUACUUGAGAAUAUUGUUUCAGGACAGCAGACUUACCAUUAAAUGUGUCGCCACAGUGGUGAUGAAGCUGCGAGGAAGAACUACUGUUGAUAGUUGUCGACCUUUGUGUCUGUUUGAACCAUUAAAAAACACGAGUGUCAUGGUCUUAAUGUCUCCAUUUCAUAGCCAACUUAUUUAUUAAAAGCCAAAACUUGUUUUUCAAAAAUAUUCAAAUGAUUUAUUUUUGCGUCAUUUACGUCAUUCUAUCCAAAUAUACAGUUAGCGCACAUCAAGCCACUGCGUGAGUCCAACUGUGUGUUUUUUAAUCACAAAACGCCAUUCCCUGUUAGCAUCCUAUUAGCUAGCUAAACAAACCGGCAAACGGAACCGGAAAUUACGUCAAUUGUUUGUGAUGUCGUCAGCGGGUGACUAAAUUUUUUUUAACACAAAUCACGUUUUUAUAGUUUAACAUGCAUCAAACAAUUCAAACAACAUCAAACAAAUGCAUGUAAAUGACAAACGAAAAUAAUAAUCACGUCGUCAGUGAAGGUAAAAUUAACAUUGUUCAUUUAUCCCUUUUCUUCAUCAUUUAUAUGUAUUUAUAUGCACUUCCAAUUGUUUUCUGCAUGUGAAACUAUGAAAAUGUGUUUUGUGUUAAUGAUGCUAACCAAGGUUCCGCCGUACUAAACAGAUCGAGUCAACUUUAAACACAUUUUCAAUGAAAGCUGUGUAACAUUUUGUCUUUUUAUAUCAUGGGAAAAAAAUAAUUUGUCCUGUUGAAUUUUAAAAUCAAACUGUUCUUUUCAUUUACAAAUGAUUACUUGAAUUUUCUAAAAUGAGGCUAUUUGGGGGGAUUCCAAGA